UCUGCCAAAGUAGCGGACUGAACUGAUCCCAAAGAACUGGUUUGUUCUGUCGUCCAAAGUUCUAUUUUGAGAUAAAAGUGAGUCUUGCAUGUCAGUUUGAAACAUGCAAACCAGAUUCUGGAGGAAGACUGGAGAGCUAGAGAAUCAAAGUUCCCACAGUCAGUGAGGAUUUGGGGACGUGUCAUCUGCUGUUGUUGCUCCUCUGUGUAUUGUCAGAGCAGCUGUGUGCCACAGUAUUCUAGGCCCAAUACAGCCUAAAGUACCAGCGCUGCCAAUCAGGAUGUUACUGUGAAUUGAUUCGUCAGCAAACUGGACUGACCUAAACCUUACAGAAAAUGUAUGGAGUGUUGUGAAAAGUAAGAAGAGAGACAGUCAGAGCCACAAGCUGAUCUUCUCCGUUACACGCUGCAUUGAUGCAGUACUUCGAGCAGAAGGAGCCCCGAACAUGUAAGCGAUGCUUAUUUUGUACAGCAAAUAGAAAAUUGUUUCUGGAUGUAGCCUAAUGUGAUUCUGAAAAGUAAAAUUUUAAGUUUCCUUAACUGUAAGCCGUAAUUAGAGAAAAGUAACAUUUGAACUAAAAUACUACAAUAAAGUAACUUCUGGGUGAUGUAAUGUUGAAAUCUGCCUGUUCGGAAUUUACAAAAGACGCUCAGAUUCAGUCCGGUCUGUCUGCAUAGACCGGUCUAUAGAUAAUCCACUCGUUAUGUAACAUAGAACUAAACAGGAUAAACCGACUGCUAUCAUGCAACUGCGCUCGAUGUAUCCAUAUAGAGAAGCAGAUGUAAAUCCUUCAUUUGGGAAAGGGUUCAAAACGGACUGCAGGUUCUCUCCCCAGAUUUGGUUAUGUGAUCAUCAGUUUAAGCCCAUAAUCCCGUCUAAUCGGGAAUAUUCCAUGCGUGUGCCUCGGGAGUUUGCUGAAAUGACACAUUUCUAUGCAGUUUGCCGUGUUUCAGAUGUGUCGCUCUGUGUACGCACAGAAGGGUCAGCCAUGGCUUUCAACAGGAGAGUCUUCACUUUGAGCGCACAAAGAUGCUCUGCUUGAUUCCUCUGCUUCUGCUGCUGCCGCUUCCGAGCAUAAUGUCGGGCUUCAGGCAGUGUCCAAGCCCCUGCCUUUGCUACGAGUCCUCUGACCUGGUGGACUGCAGGUCUCAGGGCUUGGACCAGGUCCCCCCCGGUGUCUCCAGUGGCACUUGGCUGCUGGAUCUCAGUGGGAACAGGGUGAGAGAGGUGCGCAGUGAUUCGUUCGUGGGAUUGUGGUCGUUGAAGUUCCUACUGAUGUCCAACAACAGCAUACAUGCUGUGCAUCCACAGUCUCUUUCAUCCCUACAGUUUCUGGAGAGGCUGGACCUGAGCUUCAACCGACUGCGCUGGCUGCCUCAGGACUUCACUCUCCAUCUGACCUCCCUCCAGGUGCUGCGGCUGGACCACAACCUGAUGCAGCACGUCGACUCCUCCUCCCUGAGAAACUGUGACAACCUGAGGAAGCUGGACCUGAGCUACAACCGCAUCCGAACGAUAGACACCAGGGCUUUCCACAGCCUCUCUCGACUGCGCCUCCUGCACUUGGAGGGAAACAGGCUGAACAUGCUCAAAGACGGGCUGCUGAGCCGCCAGCAGAGCCUGGAGGUUCUCCUGCUCGGCCACAACAACAUCUCAGCGAUCGAGGCCGAAGCUCUGGCCCCUCUCCGCGGUCUGACCCUGCUGGGCCUCCGCGGAAAUCAGCUGCAGCACAUCAAGUUCAAGACCUUCCUGAAGCUGCAGACCAUCAGCACCCACCUGCAGAUGUCCCUCAACCCCUGGACCUGCGACUGCGACCUGCAGCGCGUCUUUGGUAAGAUCCAGUACGUGCGACACCUGCAUGUAGAGGACUACAAGGCCAUCCUCUGCCACGCCCCUCCUCAGCAGGCUGGGAGCCCCCUCGCGUCCAUGGACAGCCAGCUGUGCAUGGCGGAGACAGCGUCGGUGCUGGUCAUCACCAUCACCGUGAUGCUGGCAGUGAUCGGUGCGCUGGUCAAAGCUGAGCGCAACCGCAAGAACAAACAAGCUGCGAGUGAUGCAGAGUCUUCAGACAAGUGACUGGUUAAAGGAUGGAGCUCUGACACACAGACAGCCAACUGCUGGACGCUACAUGAAACAGCCACUGGAGAAAGACCAAGUGGGUGUUUUUUUUCAUUUAGUUAGUGGAAAACAAUCCAAAAUGUUGUCAUUAUUUUCUGUCGGUUGAUUAGUUUUACAAGAAGGCUUUCCACAAUGUAUAAAUUGCUUGCAAAAAUAUUGAAACUUCAAUACUUUUCAUAUUGAAUCAUGUCAUCAGCAUAAAUGUAAACAUAUUCCACUGGGUUUUUUUUAUUGGCUAGACUAAUCCAAUGUUGUGUUUUACUGUGGAAUGGAAGGAAAUCAAUAGUUUUCUAUUUUUUAAUGAAUAAAAAUCAAAAAGGUUUGCUCUGAUACCUCUCUAAAAUAGUCCAAUGCAACCACUUAUUUCCAGAAGUCGCCCAAGUAGUGAAAAAUUUUCAUCUUGUGUUUAAUGCAGUUUUGGAAUAAAUCCAGCUGAUGCCAUACCAUAAAUCUGCAGCAGUCUCUUUGGUUUUUGUUGCUGCAAUUAUACAAUAUUCUAUGUGUCACAUCUAGAAUAUUGCAUAAUUACAACACAAAAAUAGAGAUUGUUGCAGGUCUAAAGUAUGGUGUCAAAUACUUGCUCUGCUUUGGGUAUGUAGGAUAAGCAGACUUAUCAAGCAGUCCCAGAUAUAUGUAGGCAGGGAAUUUGUCAGGUGUCAUUUAUUCUAACAUAAACCAUAAAAAGUGCAAAAUACAAGAAAUUACGAAAGUCUAACAACUGAAAUUGGGUUGAUUUUCAGCUUGACUAACUGCCUGACAUCAGCAAGUCAAAUACUGAGAAACUGGAAAUUUUUCUCUAUUUAUUGAAAGCAUCAGUACCAAGAAAUCCCAGUUUCUUGCCUUUUAUCGCAUCAACCAGUAGGAUUGUUUUCUUGAUGCAUAAGUUGGGUGAAACUUUUUCCAUCCUUCAGUUUCUAUUGGACUCAAAGCCAACACCUUUUAUUAAAGAAUCUACAAAAUUGUUUCCUCUUUUAUGCCUUAUAAUCUUUACAAGAAAAAGAAAAAUCUCAACUGACAGAUCAAAGAACAUCUGGUGCAUUUUUGUAACAAAUGCUUGUAUGUUUUGGUUGCAGUUAAUCUUUCCAACACGGUAAGGCAGCAGAUAAUAUUAUCACUACAUAUAAAUGAUGUGCACAAUAUUUUUCAGUUGAUAUUCUUGUGUGCUUUAAAUUUAUUGAAAAACCGUUUUUGUACAUCUUAAAAGCAACAUACCAUUAUAGAACAGUUUUCAUUUACUGGAAGAAUUUAAAACAUGAAUUGUGAUAUUCAGGAUUUCCCAGGGGAGUAUUAUGCAAAUGCAUAAUACUCACUCAUGUUGUAAAGUUUCAGAGCAUAACAAAAUGUAAACAAGAAACCAAAUAAAUAAAACCAUUUGCUAUUUAAA